GUGCACUGCUUCCGGAUCGUGACGUCACUCAGGUGUGGCACUGCGGGAAAUGGCGUCUUAGGUUUUUACUCUCUUUGUGUUCUGAGAUUGUUGAAGUGAACAAACAAGAGGAGAGCUGCAGGGUUUAGGGAAUGUUGAUGCGGAAGGAAGAACUGAUUAAAGCUGGAUCUCUAUCGCGAUUUCCCUCUUGAGCGUGUGUGUGUGUGUGUGUGUGUGUGUUUGCGCGCGCGCGCGGUUCAGUACACCAGAGGGUCUGAGCUACACUAGAACACACUGAUCAGAUCCACAGCACGUUUUUCUUCCACAUAGUCUCACACUGAUCGCACUCGGCUCAGAAAAGUCUCACCUUCUAGAAUAGGAAAGAGAAAAAGUCGUAUUUACAGGAUGUGCGUUUGUGUUCAACCGCCUGCCCCCCACACCCAAACAACACACACACAUGUUGAAGGUUAGGGUUGGAGAUGGCAAGCAUGGAUGUGGAGGCGAGUGAAGCGUUUCCUGUAGAGAGAGACGAUGUGGAGGAGCAGGAGGAGAGCAGGGAGCUGGGAUGCCAUGAUAGGUUCCACGUGUCCGUGUCCAGGUGGAUGCUGCCGGAGGACCUGCGAGAGACGUAUUUGGAGAGAGCAAACUGCUGCCCGCCGCCUAUCUUCAUCAUCCUCAUCAGCAUUGGAGAGUUGGCGGUUUUUAUUUAUUACGCCGUGUGGAAGCCACAGAAGCAGUGGAUAACUCUGGAUGACGGAAUCUGGAGGAGUCCGUUAAUUUAUAAACCUGACGAGCGAGAGGAGGCAUGGCGUUUCCUCUCCUACAUGUUCCUACAUGCGGGAGUUCAGCACAUCCUUGGAAACCUGAUUCUCCAGCUGCUCCUCGGGAUCCCAUUAGAACUGGUUCAUAAAGGGUUUGAGGUGGGGAUGGUGUACCUCGGCGGUGUCCUCGCAGGAUCAUUAGCAAGCUCUAUCUUUGACCCCUACAGCGCCCUUGUUGGAGCUUCAGGAGGAGUUUACGCCCUGAUCGGAGGUUACUUCAUGAACGCUGUAGUGAACUUUAGAGAGAUGAUUCCUCUGCUUGGAGCUUUCCGCAUCCUUGUCAUUGUUCUCAUCGUGGGCACAGACGUGGGCUUCGCUCUUUACAGACGCUUCUUGAGUGACGCUGCAGGAUUAAAGGUGUCAUUUGUGGCUCAUAUUGGUGGAGGAAUCGCAGGAAUGACCAUAGGCUACGUGUUCUUCAGUAACUACAACCAGAAACUCCUGCGAGAUCCUCGCUUCUGGUUCUGCAUCGUGGGCUACACCAUCUUCCUGCUCUUCGCCGUCUUCUUCAACAUCUUCCUGUCUCCGGCUCCUCGCUGAUAAAACAGUGGAGCCGAGACGUGGGAACGCAGCCUUGUCUGAAUCUUCAUCAACAUGCUGUUUACAGACAUCUUCAGGUUUAAUGCUGAGAAAUCAAACACUAAAAACACAGUAAUCUUGCAGAUAAAUGUCAUUUGAAUUCAAGUCAGAAAAUAAUUUUAGUGCUGUUUGAAACCUCGCUGCUACAGGACAUGAACACCGCAUGGACCUUUAGUGAGCUUUUCAUUCUAAUAUUUCAUUUUAUAGAAGAAAACUGACUUCAUUUAUGGUGCUUUUCCAUUUUUUGGGGAUUUUCAGGGUUUUUAGGGGUUUGUUUACAGUUUAUUCCGUUUUUUAUUUUAUUUUAUUUUAUUCAGCAAGCACAUGUUUUUCUAAUUGUUACAUGUCUGUGUGAAUGAGCUGUUACUAUAGAAAUUAGAAGGUAUCAGAGCGAGUGCCUUAAUAUAAAAGUGCUGUUAGAGAGAAUUAACCACCACCACCACCAGUUCAGCACACCAUUAUAUUAUUAUUAUUAUUAUUAUUAUUAUUAUUAUUAUUAUUAUUAUUAUUAUUAUUAUGUAGUCAUAAUUCAAAACCAUUUUAUUUUGUAGUCAUAAUGGUGUCCCCAUAAUGUAGUCACAACUUGGUGCACUAGUGUGUUGUUUGUCAUGCAGCCAGACAGAAGCUCUUUGUGUGUUGGUGUAAGACUGUGUGGUUAAGUUUCUGGGUUGUUGAUCAGAACAUCAGGAUGCAAUCCUCAGCACCGCAAAGCUACAACUGCUGGGCCAUUGAGCUUGGCCCUUAACCCUCUGUGCUCCAGGGGGCAUUGUACCAUAGCUGACCCUCUGCUUUCACCCCAACUUUCAAAAAGCUGGGAUAUGCAAAGAAAAGAUUUCACUGUACUGUAAUGUAACGUGUGUCAAUAAUAAUGGCUUCUUCUUCUACUAAAAAACAUUAUAAGGAUAUGUUGUGCCAAAAGUACAAAUUUCAAAUGUUCACAGAUUCCUCUUUACUGAUUGAAGAUCAGCUGAGACCUGCGUGGCAAUGUAGCUAACAAGCAAUGGAAUAUUCUAGCCUUAAGCAUUUUGUGUGUGUGUGUGUGUGUGUGUGAGGUGAGUGUGUUCUAAUUGAAGUCUCAGGUAUUUGUUGGAAACAUUGAUCUUUAAUCUGAUUUCAGACCUAAACGAUAUGAAAUUAUCGCUUUAAUUUAUGGAUUGUGUUUGUGUUUAUUUCCUGUUUUUAUGCUGUUACUUUAAGGGGAAAAUUUACGUGGUUUUUGAUGGAAAUAUUAGAAACCUGUUAUUUGUACAGUUGGAAGUUAUGUUUCAUUAAAAGCCAUUUUCAAAAUUUAAAA